GGCAGCAGGAUCCCAACUUCCCCCUGAGUUGGCCCGGCCGGUCUGACCGUGACGUGUAUCACCGAGGAGUCCCUCAAAUUGUUCAUGCUGCUAAUAUGAAGUUAGCUAGUUUUGUUGGCGAUGUUAUGAAGUAAGAAACUGUCGUGGAAGUCGUGUUCGAUCAGUGUUUCGGAAGCAAUAAUGCCUCUCACGGUCGGCGGAGGAGGUGGACGGGCUGAGAGGAAUGUGAUGCGCGUCUUGUUUCCGCUCGUGUUGUUGUUGUCUGUCGGAGUUGCUGCUAUUCAAGAGGAGCUGAAACCUGUCCAAGAGCAACCCCCGCAAGAGAAAGCCCCCAGUUCCCACCCAGUAGGCCCAGUAGUUUCUGAAGAUGCCACCAGCAAAGGAAACCUGGGUUUCAUUCACGCCUUCGUGGCCUCUUUCUCAGUCAUCAUCGUCUCUGAGUUGGGAGACAAGACAUUUUUUAUCGCAGCCAUCAUGGCCAUGCGUUACAACCGUCUCACCGUGCUCGCAGGGGCUAUGCUGGCCUUGGGUGUCAUGACUUGCCUUUCGGUACUGUUUGGCUAUGCCACCACCAUCAUCCCUAGAAUCUACACAUACUAUGUGUCCACUGCACUCUUUGCCAUCUUUGGUGUGCGCAUGCUGAGAGAGGGACUGAGAAUGAGUCCAGAUGAAGGCCAGGAGGAGCUCGAGGAGGUGCAGGCAGAGAUCAAGAAGAAGGAUGAAGAGCUCCAGCGGUCUAAACUCGCUAACGGGACUCCAGACGUGGAGGCCGGAUCAGGGACUACCCUGCCUCAGGGAAAGUGGCACAGCUUCAUCUCACCAAUCUUUAUCCAAGCUUUCACCCUCACCUUCCUUGCAGAGUGGGGGGACCGCUCGCAGCUGACCACCAUCAUCCUAGCUGCCCGGGAGGAUCCAUUUGGAGUUGCAGUGGGAGGUACAAUUGGACACUGUUUGUGUACAGGACUGGCUGUUAUAGGAGGGAGAAUGAUUGCCCAGAAAAUAUCUGUUCGAACAGUUACAAUCAUUGGAGGGAUUGUUUUUCUGGCAUUUGCCUUCUCUGCCCUGUUCAUCAAGCCAGAAGCUGGAUUUUAAUCGGAAGAGAGACUUUGAGGUUCACUCUGUAAAUAAGUGUAAAAUUUACUGUAGAGAGACUGUAGUUUUGACUCAGUAUGUGUCCAACAGAAGUGUAUCAGGCUAAACAGAGAGUCAAAGUCCUGCCCGACUUUCCUAGAAGGCCUCUGUUCCACUACUGUCUGUGAACCAGUGGGAUUCCUCAUAAGGGUUCAGGUUCACAUUAAAUAACAUUUCCCACGAGUCUUAACUUGUAGUACAGACCAAAGCCUCGUGGGAGGUGUCGACUGUUAUCAAAAUGCGUUUCAACUUUAUCAAGUGCAGGAGUUCAACCUUUAGCUUUAGAACAGAAAACCUUCCUGACUUGAAGCAAACCUCUCAGUGAGUUGCAGAUUUGUGGAACAGGUGCCACCCAGGAGAGGAGGCAGGACUCGGUCGCUUUCUAUCAGAGCUGUUUCCUCUUGACAAGGAGUGUGAGAGAAACCAGACUGAAUUGUUACUGGUUGCAGCCCUCUUACACUCUACAAGGUUCAGUGGUUCAGAAAUUGAACCUGACAUGCAGUACUUUCCCUCUCACUCUACAGUUAGACACCGAGCCAUUUAUAAAUCUCUUUGCCUUUUUUGUUUUAUUUUUAAAUGCUGAAUGGUUGAUUUUUGUUUUAUUUUUUGGUAUGUUAAACAUGAGCCCCGAUGCUGUCAGGUGACUGUUGGCAGGAAACUAUUCAUAGACCAAGCUGCCGGAAUUCGUCAUGCGUCCAGCAGUCGAGGCUGGUGUCGUUUCCACCUUCCUCUGUGAGUGACGCUGUUUGCUUCUGUGCAUUAAAAACUCAUAAAAAGUGGGUCGACUUCACUUAAGAGGGGAACACUGAAAGCAGAGCCAGCAGCACAUAAUAUACAACUUUUUUUGUGAUCUGAUUUAAAUUGAGAUUUUAUUUUAGGCACAAGACGACAUUAAAUAUUUCCCUUAGUUUCACAUAGGAGCAGUGUUUUAUAUGAGACAGAUUUGGAGCUGGUUUCACAAAGAUAGACCACGACUGGGGUUUUGAUCUGACUAAUCACUAAUAUUGAACUUGGGAGAUAAAUAAUUUGUUCUACAGAUAAAUUUUGAUGUCCAACUCAAGUAGGAAUAAUUUACGUUGCAUACAAAACAUGGCACAUCCAAGUACUUAUUUUACUUUGUGCCAGCAAAUAAAGGAAAAUUCAACUAAGAACGUGUCAGUACAAACUAAAUAAAUACAUUAAAUAAUUAGCAGUAAUUUACUACAUUCUCAGAAAACUCUUCCCUUACUGUUUACUGGCUAUGCAAUGUCAUCAGUAAACUGCACGUUCUCUUCAGUUUUUUCCCCUUUUUGAUAGUUUGUCUCAGUAUUGAGUUAGCCUGGAAGUGGAGGAGCUAAGUUUAUUUGGCCGAAUAAUCGGUAUUUAUUUUUGUAAAACUGGGCUCACACUACAGGAGUUUGGAACUGAUUUACUUUAGUUUCACCCCUCCUGACAGUUUGAAACAAAACCUUGUCUGCAAACUUGGUCUGAACCUCCCGGUUUAUGUGGUCGUGUAAGGGGUUCAGCUUUUAACUUUCCAAACUACUCACAGAACCAUCAGGGAUGCCCAGAUAAUAUCCAGUGGAUGUGGGUAUCUCGUUAGCUCCCUGAGCAGCAGACACUGUUGUCAGACAACGCAAAUCAUUUUAGCCCUUUAGGCUAAUGUUAGCUACACAUAAUGGUAUUACUGAUAGUUAAAAUCAUCUUUCCAACUGUUAGACCCACCUACACUUCUGAUUGUGUUUUUUUAUUCACUGCAAACUAUUAUUAGAAUCACAAGAAGUUUUUGCAAUGCAGUCUCCGUUUUGUUUACAUCUGCUUCCCGCUCCCUGUAGCAUGAUAAACUUCAUAAUAACCUGCAGUGUAUGAUUUACCAUUAUUUCCCAUUCUUCUAGUGUGUGCAUGACUAAAACUAGAGAGAAUAUGAAGUAGGAAGUUUCUCUAUGUGUGGGAUGCAACCCAACACCUGUAGCAUGAACCUGGCGUUAAACUCAUUUCUGAACAAAUUCGAGUGUAGCAAUUCAGAUCUGUCUAAAUUUUCUUUGUGAAACCAGCUCCUGAACCACUACAAUAGUUCUAUGUGGACCUAUUCAAAGGACAGUGUUUGCAGAACGCUGAUCGACAUCAUACGUCCAACAACAAAACAUGGAUCUGGUUGAAGAAGGGCCAGGAAUCAUCUCCACAGAUCAAUUCUUCCUCUGUGAUUUCAACCUCACUGCCUCACCUGUUGCUGCCCUGAAUCAGUUAUGGUAACAGAUUUUCAAAGAACGACAGGUACAGAAUAAAUCUACUAAGCAUACAGUAUAAUUCACUACUCUGAGCUGUGAUGUAGCUGCAGCAACAUUUCAACAUGUCAACAUAGUUCAAAACUCUGUACCUUUUAUUUAAAGCGGUGUCUAUUUAUUUAGCUUCAUUUUCUGUCCUUUUAGGCGUACGUACUAUAGACACACCAGGUGGGAGAGGUCAACGUGAAGAAGGAAUGGAACUACUUUUUUAAGGCUAAAGCUGCGUUGUCAAUAUUUGACAGGCUGUGCCCCUCUGUGAAAUAUUUCUGUUUGUCAUACAGGUUGUUUGAAAUGCCUAUAAAUCUAAAAUGCUCAAUAAAAACAGUUUGACGCGUCA